GCUCGCGCCCGUCCCUGGACUGCUGCUAAGCGGGAGCGCCCCUUGCUUGCUUACUACUUACUGCUGAACCGGAGCCCGCCGCUGCCGCCCUGGCCGCGACCGCGUUUGUGUAUCCCCUCUAGCCGGGGAAGUCAAGCAGGAGGUGACGGAGGGAAGCGACGCCCGGCCGGCCAUGCUCGGCUAGCGGUCCCUCAGAGGCCCCCCUGGUGUUGCGUUGGCCUCUGCGCUGCCUCCGUUGACGCCGCCGUGCGCUCACUGCUGCGCUGGUUUUCUUCUCUCUUACCAUCCCCCUGCCCGUGCGAUAAACUUUAGCUGCCGAGGAGGAGAGCUGCGAGAAGCGGCGGCGGCGGCGGCGGCGGCAGCUCGGCGGAUCUUGCUACGGGGCAGCUCCGAGGAUGGAAGCGGGCGCGUAUGGAGCGGGCAAAGCCGGAGGCGCCUUCGACCCUCAGACCUUCCUCCGGCAACCUCACACGAUCCUCCGGAUGGUUUCUUGGAUUUUCUCCAUCGUUGUCUUUAGCUGUAUUGUGAAUGAAGGCUACAUCAACAAGCCAACUGAAUCGAAGGAGUACUGCAUCUACAACAGCAACCAGAAUGCCUGCAACUAUGGUAUCACCGUGGGAGUCCUUUCCUUCCUCAGCUGCCUUCUUUACCUGGCGCUAGAUGUCUACUUUCCGCAGAUCAGCAGCGUCAAGGACCGCAAGAAAGCUGUGCUCUCUGAUAUUGGUGUAUCUGGCUUCUGGGCUUUUCUCUGGUUUGUCAGUUUUUGUUUCCUGGCUGACCAAUGGCGUGUUUCAAAGAAGGAAGACAACCCGCUGAAUGAAGGAGCAGAUGCAGCCCGAGCAGCCAUUGCAUUCUCCUUUUUCUCCAUCUUCACCUGGGUCUUCCUGACAUAUCUGGGCUUUCGGAGACUUGGAGAAAUUACUUUUCAGGAAGAAUACAACACACUGUUCCCCAGUUCUCCACCAGUGCUCCCUUAAUUCCAGUACUCAUGAAAACUGGGCAUAUCAGGGAGGAAAUUUUGGAAGUGGAAGUAUUUCUGAUUCUCCAGCUCAGGGGCAGGAGGGAAGAUAAGAUAGGAUUCUUGUGCAGCCGAUGUGGUGGUGAGGAGGACACCUGCCUUCUUCACUGUUUUGGAAGGCUCCCCUUCACCCACCCUUUAGCCCCAAAUAGUUGCAAAAUAGAAAGUGUAUUAUUCAGUCCUCUGGUGCCUCAGUCCUUUGUGCUCUCCUGACCCCUCACCCAAACUAAUGCCAAAUAACACUGAUGUGCCUUUCUUUCAGCCACUUAACCACACCACAAUUGUCAAAAUGCAUUUCCUGCUUCCUCUCAUCCUUGUGUCCUCUUGGUUUAUUCUUCCUUUGGCACAAUUCACAAGCUAAUAGGUUGGAAAGCAGCUGAAAAACUGCAGUCCUUGAACCUCCCUUGGCCUUUCUCUGGCCUAGUAUUACCAAAGAGCAUCACACAAGUAAAAACUUUUGUGUGGAGGUUGAGCUUCUCUCAACCACUGCUUUUCUCCAUCUUGUGCAUUGAAGAUGGUGCUCUGCCUUCUCAGCCUAUGCUCAGUCACCCACAGCUGCUACAGAGGCAUCUGCAAGUGCAGGGCACGUCCUGAGAAAGGUUGACAUUAUUCUGCUGCUGGUGGUGGUCCCAAUAUCAGCAGUGCAAAGUCAUCCUGUCCUGCAUUGACCCUGUUCUUGCUCCUGCCAUCCACAUGAAUGAGGAGACUGACCCAGGCUGAAGCCCUUGGUGUGCCUGGGCUAAGGAGGCUUGGAUAUGCUGAAUGAACACAUCUGAUCCCCAGAGCAGGCCCCUUGUUUUGCAUGGUGAAUUGGACCAUGCUUGUUUCUGCAUGGAAACUGCUUGUUUCUGCCAGCAGUUUCUCAAAGCAUUAGGCUAUAGAACCAUAGUAGGUCUCUCCUUGGAAUUAGUGUUUUGUCCCACUUGUUCCUGAUCACUCUGUAGCUUCUUAUCUCAACUUGUUCUCUCUGUGGGGUGCACUGACUCCUUCUGCUGUUUGCAGAAUGUGUUUACAUUUAACUUGUCAAUUCCAGUAUGUCUCACACACUAAUUUAAGCCUUGUGCACUAAAUGCUACUAACCUGGCUUCUGUUUGUUUUUCCUUGGUAUGUUUCCCCCCUCUCUUUUCCCCAUGUCUUCCUCCUUCCCAUUCUCCCAAAACUCACCUACGCUGCUGCAUCCUCCCUUAAAGGUGGGUCAGUCAUUCCUGGCAUAUCAGCGUUACCAACUUGGAGCCGAUUCAGCCCUCUUCUCCCAGGACUACACGGACCCAAGCCAGGAGGCCGGCAUGCCUUACGCACCCUACACAAAUGAGGAUGACACUGCAGAUAGCAUGGGGACGUACCAACAGCCCCCUUCAGCAGAUGCGUUUGAUGCUGAGACACAGGGGUACCAAGCACAGGACUACUGAGAGCUGGUGGAUCCCUUCCCUCCCCCCUCACCCGUUCCCCUCUGCCACCAACAAACCAAGGUGCAAAACAGACACGUGUGUUCCAGAGCAACGGGUGGCUCUCAGCCACUCUCCAGCCUUCUAGGGUCUCUGUUUUUAUUUCUUAUUUUUUAAACAAAAAAUCCCAACACCACCUCUGCCCUCUUCUGAAUACUCAUCCAAAACCAAAUUGUUGAUUGCAAAACAUUCUACUGUC